UCCCCCCAUCAGUCCUGUUUACUACAUGAGACCCUGGUAUAAAGUCCCGAGUUUGCGCAGACUGUGUCCUCAGAAGGUGGUGGAAAAGAAGCAGGAGGAGGAGGAGCAGGGAGCAGGAAAAGCGUUUAGUUUUUUUGGUUCUGUUCGCCGUUCGUUGGAUUUAACAGCUGCCGAGGAGGCGCGCUGGAUGCAGAGGACGAGGGAGGAAGGCGCAGAAAAGACGAACCGACCCCCUCUGAGGUGGCUAUCAUUUGAAAUACGACCCCAAACUAUCGAGGAAUAGACAUGCGAUCAAUAGCGAUGGAGUCCUGCAGUCCGCGCUGAGCUUCCAUUGCUCUGGUCUUUUUGAUGGCGCUCGUUCAUGAACCCCGUGCUUCCUCCCCCUCCCUCUCUGGCUUCAACACACCCAUCUCCGACCCGCCGUCCUUUCGCCGGCUCGAUGCCGAGACCCCCUGCACCCCGGAAAUGGACCUGACCCCGACCCAAUGUGUCCUUCGGAACGUCCUCUCCAUAGACACAGGGGGGGCCGUGGAGCACGGCGGAGGAGGAGGAGGAGAGGGGAAGACUCCUGGGCACAACCAGACACCUGGCGAUGAACAACAGGAGCACUUUGCCAACAGUGUGCUGAAACUCCACGAGCACGAGGGCAGCUGUGGGAGGAAUGAGGGAGACGGGCAAGAUCUGGACGGCUCUGUGGUCAGGAGCCAGGCGGACGCCAGGUUGCAGUGCCAGUCCACGGGAGGGGGCGGGGGGUUUCUGGAGGGGCUGUUUGGGUGUCUGCGGCCUGUCUGGACUAUGAUUGGCAAAGCUUACUCCACGGAGCACAAACACGACCUGGACGAGGAGUGGGAAGUCCCGUUUGAGGAGAUUUCGGACCUGCAGUGGGUGGGCAGCGGAGCCCAGGGCGCUGUGUUUCUGGGCAAACUCCACGGGCAGGAAGUGGCCGUGAAAAAAGUGCGAAACAUCAAGGAGACUGAUAUCAAGCACCUGCGGAAGCUCAAGCACCCCAACAUAAUCACUUUCAAAGGGAUCUGUACUCAGGCUCCUUGUUACUGCAUUAUCAUGGAGUACUGUGCUCAGGGACAGCUGUACGAAGUCCUGAGAGCGGGCAGGAAGAUCACGCCCUCCCUGCUCAUGGACUGGGCCAUGGGCAUCGCCGGGGGCAUGAACUACCUUCAUCUCCACAAGAUCAUCCACAGAGAUCUCAAGUCACCCAACAUGCUUAUAACCUACGACGAUGCAGUGAAGAUCUCCGAUUUCGGAACGUCCAAGGAGCUUAUAGACAAGAGCACGAAGAUGUCUUUUGCUGGGACCGUGGCCUGGAUGGCUCCUGAGGUCAUCCGCAAUGAACCCGUUUCAGAGAAGGUGGAUAUUUGGUCAUUUGGCGUUGUGCUGUGGGAGAUGCUGACGGGGGAGGUGCCCUACAAGGACGUGGACUCCUCGGCUAUCAUCUGGGGAGUGGGAAACAACAGUCUGCAGCUGCCUGUGCCGGAUAGCUGUCCGGACGGCUUCAAGCUGCUCCUGAGGCAAUGCUGGAACUGCAAGCCGAGAAACAGGCCCUCAUUUCGACAGAUCCUCCUGCAUCUUGAUAUUGCCUCUGCAGACAUACUAUCUACCCCACAAGAAACUUACUUUCAAUCUCAGGCGGAGUGGAGGGACGAGGUGAGGCAUCACUUUGAGAAGAUCAAGUCUGAGGGGACGUGUCUUCACAGGCUGGAUGAGGAGCUCAUUAAACGACGCAGAGAGGAACUAAGGCAUGCGCUGGACAUCCGGGAGCACUACGAACGGAAACUGGAGCGAGCCAAUAAUCUCUACAUGGAGCUUAACGCUAUUAUGCUGCAGCUGGAGAUCAAAGAGAAGGAGCUGUUCAAGAGGGAGCAGUCGCUGGACAAGAAGUACCCCGGCUGCUUCAAGCACCACAGCUCCAGGCAGUCGGCUUCCUCCAACUCCAUGGAGAAGCUCAUGAAGAAACGCAACGUACCACAGAAGCUUCCUUCACACAGCAAGAGACCAGACUUAUUAAAGUCAGAAGUCAUCCUACCCAAACUGGACUCGUCCAUGACCCAGGUCACCAUCCCCAACAAAGGCUCCACGUCCCCUGGCCGCACCCGCCGAGGAAAGCCGCGCUACAGGAAGGCCGGCAAAGGCAGCAGCAGCGACCUGGCUCAGCUGAAAGCCACCCUGUCCUCGUCUCUAGCGAUGAUCAACGCCACCUCGUCGGUCCCCAGCAGCAAGCACCGUCUGGACCCCACAGCCACCAUCAGGGGCCUCCAGCAUGACCUGCUGCUCAAGAAGAUGUCGUCCUCCAGCCCCGAUCUCAUCUCCACCACCCUGGAGGCAGAAGGCCGGAGGAAGGGGCAGCUGAGGCCCGGGCUGGACAGAGCGGGCAGCCAGAGCGCCUCGGCCGGGUUAGAGGACAGCGGCGAGACGGAGGGGCAGAGGGAGCGGCAGGACGUGGGUGUGGGGGGCGAUGACCUGGCAGAGACGCCCCCGCGUAGCAACACGCCCAGCGAGGACGCAGCGUCCAUCCCGUUCUCCAGCAGCCCCGACUCCCCUUGUGGAAGAGGGGCGGCGGCAGGAAGGGCAUCUGUGCUGGGCAAUGUCCGGGUCUCGCAUGACGGCGAGGACAAGGAGGAGGGGACGGUGAUCACGCGCUCACCCAGGAGUCAGCGCCGCCUCACGCCCGCGGCGCUGCUGUACAGGGCGGCCGUCACACGCAGCCAGAGACGUGGGCUCUCUUCAGAGGAAGAGGAGGGAGAAGUGGACAGUGAGGUCGAGCUGCCCAGGAGAAGGCGGCCGGUGAGCAUCUCCAAAUGUCAGUCGCUUUCAAACUUUAGCUUAGAAAACUUGUCGGUGUCAGACGGAGAGGAGGGAAACACCACAGACCAUUCCCACAGCGGCACGCCCGACGUAGUCAGCACCAACACGGACGAGCGCCUGGACGACAAAAGCGACGACCUGCUGUCUCAGGGCUCAGAGAUCCCGGCCGACCCGUGCGAUCCGAGCCAGCUGGGCUCUGACGGGCUAUCUGAACGAGAAGCUGAAGUACGACAAGUCAGAACGCAGCUCGCUUUGAGUGAACAUAAUUAUGAGCAGGGCCUGUACGACGACUCGGACUGCGACAGCGCAGAACUGGACCACUCGUGCGGCGCGGAGCCCAGCCAGCCUCCGACCCACUGGUGAAAACCGCACAUCUUGAACCCGCGAGAUCCGAACAACUGGCCCUCUGCGUCCUUCUUUCACUCUGUCAGACAUUAGCAAAACCCACGAAGGGAACCACUGGGGAGGGGCAGUGAAUGGAGAAAGGAGAGGAAAGCCGUAUCAGAAAGCCUGAAUUACAGAUCACACACAUGCGAAACCAGAGGAUCGGCCGCGUUGACGGACGACAGACGGAGCUGCUCUCUGUUUUCCGCACCAAAGCAGCUUUGCUAAAAUCUAUCCUGAAGCAUCUCGGCAAGAGACGCAGCAAUCAGAGAGGCCAGUAACAAGACUAUCCGUUCACAUCUCCUGUCAUCUUCCAUGUUGGUUUUUUAUAUUUAUUUCUUUAUUUUAUAACAUCCAGUGAAAAUACAAUUAGGAGAUUCUUUCAGGGUUUUUUAUAGCAGGUGUGGCCUGCACUUAUUUCUUAAGAUCUACUGUGUCAUAGCCCAUUUCCUUUAAACAUUAUGCACUUAUUUAUUAUUUUACUGUGAAAUGAAUGAGGAAAAAAAAAAGUUUACAUUUUAUGUUGUUUGCAAUUAUUUAUUAAUAGUUUUUUUGAUUUUCUACUUCCUUCCAUCGUCAUUGGUAAUAUAAGAUGUAAAAUGAACAAAUUUUUUUAUACUUGAGAUUGUAUAAUCGAAGGUGCUGACGUUUCUCAGCAGGUGGCGCUAUUAUAUAAGAACCUCAUAAAGCUUUUGCUGGUAGAAUGUAACUUUACCUGCUGUUCAUGUCUGAUCUUUAACAUAAAAUGAAAGAAAAUAGUAUUGCAGUAUUGAAGUAUUUUGCAGGGAGGUAAAAAAAAAAUAAAAACGUGUUUUUGGAGAGUUUGGAGGGUUUGUAAUAUUUAUAAAGCAUGCUUGUAAUUAAAAAAAGUAUGCAUAUUUAA